AUGAUGAGUGAAAACGAAAGAACGCCAUUGCUGCAUCCAUCGAGUUCUCUACCGACUGUUGUGGGAUACGAAGAAGGUGUCGAAUAUUUUAACAAUCCGCCGCACUCUACCACCAGGUCGGAAAUUGGACGUAACGAGCUGGUUCGCAAAAAGAAGAGAAGACGGCGUCGAUUCAAUACAAUGGCUGGGGCACCUAUCAAAUCGAAAUUGCGGUAA